AUGGAAACGUUAGACAUAAAAGUACAAAGCCGUGCCAAACGGUUGGCCUCGGCCGUGGUGCUGUUGAUCCUGUUGAUGCCACGGACAUGCGGCGCGUACAUGGUGAUUGCGAGUGAAGACGACCCACCGGGCAAGGUGGUGUUCAACUCGUCCGUCUACAAGCUCGGCUCGGACCGGCACUACAAAAUCAACGCGCACAAAUCGGCCCACUACGUGCACCAUCUGCUCCGGGUGGACCCGCAGAGCGGCCAGGUGGCGCUCAAGCGCCAGCUCAAGUGUGACGGCAUCUACUACCCGACCCUGUUCACGUUCUACGUCGACUCUACCUCAAACCGGCUCCGUAGCAUAGACUAUUACAGUUUGCCGAUCAGAAUAUUUAUCACCGGGCGGAACUGCUCCGACGAGGACGAAGCGGUGGCAGCCAGCUUCCGCAAGCUGUUCGAGGAGGACGACACUGGCUACCACCACCAGCACCAUCACCGCCUUGACUCGGGGGCUCGGGCUCGGAGGGACGCUCUGUACCAUCUAGCGACGUCCGAGGAUCGGUCGCUCGACCAGGAUCCCGAGGGCGACCAGGACGAUCGGCGGAUGUAUGGCGAGUACAAAGGGGACCGGUUCCACUACUAUCGCUCCGAGUACCCGUGGUUGGCUGCGACGAGCCGCACCAACUACAGCACGUUCCGCGAGGGAGACGUCCUGUUCGAUAGUGUGCUGGAGAACGAGUAUCGCCACAGCAUGAUCAGUCGGAAGCGGCGCGAGCUGAAGGAUCUGCCGGCGGACAAAAUCCACCGCAAGAUCGCCGACGCCAAGCAGUGGAUCUCGGAGACGUACGCUUCGUACGCGAUCCACACGACGGACAAGUGGAAACACAUCUGUCUCAAGAGGUCGCAGUACAUCAACUCGAUCAACGCGUUCCUGCCGAAAACGGUGCUCCACCAUUGCACCGUCCGGUAUCUGGACGUGAACGAUGAGCGGUUCGAGAUCGAAACGCGCUCCGGUGAUCUGAUUGCCACCGGGGAUCUGUGCAUACCGGAAACCCUCUGGAAGGUGAUCAUAACGUACAGCGUCCGGUGUGAUCGGCGAGACAUCGUUGACGCCGACCACCGGCUCAAGAUCGUGUACCACCAUCAGGAGCUGAACGAUACCGAUAUUGCCAAGCGGGUGCGGCGUGAGCUGCGCAACCAGAGUCCGUACUUUGAGCAGGCGCUCUACGUGGCGUCGGUGCUGGAGGAGCAACCGGCGGGUGCAACGGUCAUCACGGUGCGGGCCCGCGAUCCGGAGGACUCGCCGGUCGUUUAUUCGCUCGUAUCGCUUCUCGAUUCGCGCUCGCAGUCGAUGUUUAAGGUGGACUCACGGACCGGCGUGGUGUUAACGUCGGCCACACUCGAUCGCGAGCUGAUGGAUGUGCACUACUUUCGGGUGAUCGCCACGGAUGACAGCUUUCCGCCCCGCUCCGGGACGACCACCCUGCAGGUGAACGUGUUGGACUGUAACGACCACACGCCAACGUUCGAGGCGGAACAGUUCCACGCGACGGUUCGGGAGGGUGUCAGCGUAGGAUCGACGGUGAUAACGAUUCGCGCGACCGAUCAGGAUAUUGGCAAGAAUGCCGACAUCGAGUACAGCAUCACGAGCAUCUCCGGUGACCAGGUCGGAGGGGACGGCGAAGAUCCGAUUCCGGGCGAAGCGGACACUGCGGCGGAUGAUAGUGCGCAAUCGAAAUUUCGUAUCGACGCCCGGAGCGGGACUAUUUCGACACGGAGCUCCCUGGACCGGGAGGUGUCCAGUAUGUACACGAUCUCGGUCACGGCAACGGAUAUGGCCACACCGCAGACGGAGCGGAGGUCGGCCACGACGACGGUGCUGGUGAAGAUUCUCGACGACAACGACAACUAUCCACAGUUCAGCGAGCGCACCUAUACGGUGCAGGUGCGGGAGGACCAGUGGACCAACGAGAACAACGUCAUCGCCCACAUCCAGGCGACCGAUGCCGACCAGGGAAACAAUGCCGCCAUACGGUUUGCCAUAAUCGGCGGAAACACGCAGUCGCAGUUUUCCAUUGACUCGAUGAGCGGCGACGUAUCGCUGGUGAAGCCACUAGACUACGAGAGUGUCAGGAGCUACCGGCUGGUGAUCCGGGCCCAGGACGGAGGCAGCCCGUCGCGCUCCAACACCACCCAGUUGCUGGUGAACGUGCUCGAUGCGAACGACAAUGCGCCCCGCUUCUACACGUCCCAGUUCCAGGAGGCGGUCCUCGAGAGUGUCCCCGUCGGGUAUAACAUCGUGCGCGUGCAGGCGUACGACGCGGACGAGGGCGCCAACUCGGACAUCACCUACAGCAUCCUGAACCGGGACGAGGGCAUGCCACUGGCGGUCGACCCGCGGACUGGCUGGAUCCACACAACGAAGGCGCUCGAUCGGGAGGAGCAGAGCCGCUUCAGCUUCCAGGUGGUGGCCGUCGACGGUGGCAUACCGCCGCGCUCCGCCAGCACGUCCGUGAUCGUGACGAUUCAGGAUGUGAACGAUAACGAUCCCACUUUCAGCCCGAAGUACUACGAAGCGAUGCUGGCCGAGGACCAGCCACCCGGGACACCGGUGACGACGGUCACGGCCACCGAUCCGGAUGAGGACUCACGGUUGCACUAUGAAAUUACGGCCGGAAAUACGCGUGGCCGGUUUGCGAUCACCUCGCAGAACGGACGGGGAUUGAUAACGAUCGCGCAGCCGCUCGACUACAAGCAGGAGCGCCGGUUCGCCCUGACGAUCACCGCCACCGACAGCGGCCAGCGCACCGAUACGGCCAUCGUAAACAUCAACAUUACCGAUGCGAACAACUUUGCGCCCGUCUUCGAGAACGCGCCGUACAGUGCGUCCGUUUUCGAGGAUGCCCCGGUCGGCACAACGGUGUUGGUGGUGUCGGCCACCGAUAGUGACGUAGGGAUCAACGCCCGCAUCACGUACCUGCUGAACGACGAGUCGGUCAAUGGGCUGGGCGCGAAUGGGCCGUUUACGAUCAACGCCCAAACCGGGGCGAUCGUGACGAAUGCGCGGCUCGACCGGGAAACCACCAGCGGCUACCUGCUGACGGUGACGGCCCGAGACGGGGGCAAUCCUUCGCUCAGCGAUACAACCGACGUGGAAAUCAGUGUCACCGAUGUGAACGACAAUGCACCCGUGUUUAAAGUCCCACUGUACCAGGCGACCAUUCCGGAGGACGCACUGAUCGGUACGUCGGUGGUGCAGAUCGGUGCCACCGAUCUCGAUAUGGGGCUGAAUGGGCGCGUCAAGUAUGCGCUCAGCCCGAAGGACGUCGAUGAGGGGUCGUUUGUGGUCGAUCCGAUUUCCGGUGUGAUCCGCACGAAUAAGGGCCUCGAUCGGGAGAGCAUUCCCGUGUACCAUCUGAGUGCGAUCGCAAGCGACAAGGGUACGCCAACGAUGAGCAGUACCGUCGAGGUGCAGAUCCGGCUGGACGACGUAAACGAUUCCCCGCCGACGUUUGCCUCCGAUAAGCUUACGCUGUAUGUGCCCGAAAACAGCCCGGUCGGCUCGGUGGUGGGUGAGAUCUAUGCGCACGAUCCGGACGAGGGUGUGAACGCGAUCGUCCACUAUUCGAUCAUCGGCGGUGACGACAGUAACGCGUUCUCGCUUGUCACCCGGCCCGGCUCGGAUCGGGCGCAGCUGCUCACGAUGACCGAGCUCGACUACGAGUCACCCCGGAAGCGCUUCGAGCUGAUUAUCCGCGCCGCCAGCCCACCGCUCCGGAACGACGUCACUGUGGAGGUGCUCGUGACGGACGUGAAUGACAAUGCGCCGGUGCUGCGCGACUUCCAGGUGAUCUUCAACAACUUCCGCGACUGCUUCCCGAGCGGGGUCAUCGGGCGUAUCCCGGCAUUCGACGCCGAUGUUACCGACCGGCUCGCGUAUCGCAUCCUGUCCGGCAACAAUGCGAACCUGCUGCGGCUCAACAGUUCGACCGGCGGGCUCACGCUGAGCCCCCAGCUCAACACGAACGUGCCCCGGUACGCCACGAUGGAGGUCUCGGUGACGGACGGCAUUAACGAGGCGAAAGCGCUCAUGCAGCUGACCGUGCGCCUCAUCACCGAGGACAUGCUAUUCAACUCGGUCACGGUGCGGCUAGACGAGAUGACCGAGGAAGCGUUCCUUUCGCCGCUGCUGAGUUUCUUUCUGGAUGGACUAGCGGCGAUCGUACCGUGUCCGCGGGAAAACAUCUUCCUCUUCUCGGUCCAGGAGGACGUCGACGUUAGCGGGAAAGUGCUGAACGUUAGCUUUUCGGCCAGGCGGCCCGAUGUGGCGGCCGAGGAAUACUACCCAUCGCAGUAUCUGCAGGAGCGGAUCUAUCUUAACCGGGCGAUCCUGGCGCGGCUCGCCACGGUCCGGGUGCUCCCGUUCGAUGACAACCUGUGUGUGCGGGAACCGUGCCUGAAUUACGAGCAGUGCCUGUCGGUGCUGAAGUUUGGUAACGCGUCCGGCUUCAUCCACAGCGACACCGUCCUGUUCCGGCCGAUCCAUCCGGUGAACACGUUUGCGUGCAAGUGCCCGGAAGGGUUCACCGGCAGCAAGGAGCACUACCUGUGCGAUACCGAGGUCGACCUGUGCUACUCGGACCCCUGCCAGAAUGGGGGGAGCUGCGUGCGGCGAGAGGGUGGCUAUACGUGCGUGUGCGGAGAGCAGUACACGGGCGCAAACUGCGAGACGACGAUCGCCGGCCUGAGGCCAUGCAUUUCCGAGGUGUGCGGCGAUGGGUACAGCUGUCUGACGAGUGGGCACGGGGGCCAUUGGCCACCGUACACGAAAACGUGCGAACUGAUGUCCCGCUCGUUCGCCCGCAACUCGUUCCUCACGUUCCCGGGUAUGCGGCAGCGCCAUCGUUUCAACAUCCGGCUCAAGUUUGCGACGGUCCGCGAUCGGGGGCUGCUCCUGUACAACGGACGCUACAACGAGCAGCACGACUUCAUCGCACUGGAGAUCCUGGGCGGGCGGGUCGUGUUUUCGUUCUCACUCGGUGAUCGGGUGCAAACGGUGAGCGUGAACCAAGCGACGCGCCGCGUCUCGGAUGGCAACUGGCACACGGUUGAGGUUCGGUAUUACAACCGCACGGUGCUGCUAUCGCUGGACGGGUGCGACACGGCCACAGCGCUGUCCGGUGGAUUGGGAGAGCGCUGGAACUGUGCCAAUCAGACGACCCUCGUGCUGGAUCGCCGCUGCGCGUCGCUCGUCGAGCCCUGCCAUCGAUUCUUCGACCUCACGGGGCCCCUCCAGAUCGGUGGGUUACCGAAACUGCCGGCCAACUUCCCGAUCCGCUCGCACAGCUUCGUGGGCUGCAUCUCGGACCUGUACCUCGAUCACCGGUACGUCGAUCUCGGGGCGUACAUCGCCGACAACGGCACAGUGGCCGGCUGUCCGCAGAAGGCGGCCUCCUGCGCAUCGGAACCGUGCUUCAACGGAGGCACCUGCCGGGAGGGCUGGGGCGAAGGCUGGGAGUGUGACUGCCCGGACGGGUUCACGGGCAACGCGUGCCAGGAAUCGGUCGCCCUACCGUGGCGUUUCCAGGGCGACGGCAUACUCAGCUUCAACCCGCUGCUCCGCCCGAUCCAGCUACCCUGGCUGACGGCGUUCUCGAUCCGGACACGCAAGCGCGACGCAUUCGUAAUGGAGAUCCAGGUGGGCCAAAACAGUUCCGCCAUCAUUUCGGUGCGUGCCGGGGCGCUCCGGUACGCGUACAACGGUGAAACGCUCGAACUGGCCGGAGCCGAGCUAGCCGACGGUCGCUGGCACCGGGUGGAGAUCAAGUGGAUGGGUGCGGAGGUGGCCCUCACGGUGGACUAUGGCCAGCGGACGGUGGUGCUGCCGGUGGCGCAGAAAAUCCAGGGCCUCUACGUUGGCCGCAUCGUGAUCGGAGGUGGCGCAACGGGUGGCGUGACUGCGGCCGAUUGGAACUUCGAGGGCUGCGUCCAGGACGUCCGGGUGGGCGGUGUACAGUCGGUGCUGAAGCGACCGACCGUGCGCGAGAACGUCGCCGAUGGGUGCGCCUCCAAUGCCAAGUGCCCGGCCGGCUGUCCGCCGGAGUCGAUCUGCGUGAGCAACUGGGACGACGCGUACUGCGAAUGCCUGCACGGGUACGUGGGGGACGAGUGUAAGCCGGUGUGCACGGUAAAGCCGUGUUCGGACGAUGGCGUGUGCCGGGCGGAUAGCUUCAACGCGCGCGGAUACCGCUGCGACUGCAACAGUAGCCUCAGUUCCGGAGAAUACUGCGAGAACCGCAUCCAGCAACCGUGUCCGGCAGGCUGGUGGGGAGAGCGGAGCUGCGGCCCAUGCAAGUGCAACGUGAAGCAGGGCUACCACCCGAACUGCGACAAAGCGAGCGGUCAGUGCUAUUGCCGCGAGAACCACUACCAACCGGCGAACAGCAACCGGAGUGGGGCCGCCUGUCUGCCCUGCGAGUGCUACGCCGUCGGUUCGUACGGAAAGUCAUGCAACGGGUCAGGGCAGUGUGAGUGCCGCGAGGGGGUCAUCGGGCGGCGGUGCGAUUCGUGCUCGAACCCGUACGCCGAGGUCACGCUCGCCGGAUGCGAAGUCGUAUACGACGGGUGCCCCAAGUCGCACUCGGCCGGCCUUUGGUGGCCACGGACGGCGUUCGGUGAGCUGGCGGUGGAAAACUGCCCCGCACCGGCCCGUGGCAAGGGGACGCGCCGCUGCGAUCAGGUACAGAGCGGCUGGGGCACUCCGGACAUGUUCAACUGCACGUCGGAAGCGUUCCUCGAGCUGCGCAAACAGCUGGCCCAGAUAGAGGUGGACGGACUAGAGCUGAACACGUUCGUGUCGGUGAAAGUGGCGGCCAAUCUGCGGCAGGCUUGCGGUAUAGUCGGUGGUCACCCCGAAGCCGAAUCCCCACAGGGCGAUGAUCGGAACUCGGCGAGAGACUUCUACGCCGUCGAGCCCGGGGGGAAAAGUUCUCUCUGGCGACCGGAAGAUUUCGAGUUGGACUACCUGGCCGACGGUGACCAGGAGGCGUUCCGUGAGCGGAAGCUAUACGGAGCCGAUCUGCUGAUCACCGACCGGUUGCUGCACGAGCUGAUGCGCUACGAGUCGUACCAGGCGGGUCUCAACCUUUCCCACAGUCAGGACAAACACUUCGUUCGCAAUCUGGUGGAGACGGCCGGCGAGGUGCUCGAUUGCCGGUACGCUGCGGAGUGGAAGCGGGUGCAGAGUCUGACGCAGCUUGGUCCGGACGAUCUGGUGGAGGCGUUUAACCGCUACAUGAUCGUGCUGGCAAGAUCCCAGCACGACACCUAUACAAACCCGUUCGAGAUCGUGCACGAAAACAUGGUGCUCGGUAUGGACAUUGUCACGGCGGAGUCACUGUUCGGCUACGAGUCACAGAUGGUGAAGCAGCAGCAGUCGGGCGGGAAGCCACACCGUCCCGUCCCGGAAGCACCACACAGCGAAACGGUCAUCCUGCCUGACACGAGCACGUUCCUGCAUCCGAACGCACCGAAACAGAAGGCUCCGUUCGUUGGCUUUCCGAAGUACAACAACUACAUCCAGGACCGGACCAAGUUCGACCGCCACACCCGGGUGUUGGUGCCUCUGGACAUGCUCGGCAUCGUGGUGCCGGAUCGGAACGAGGUGGUGGUCAGUCAGCUGGCUGAACACCGUGCGAUCUUUGCAUACGCGCAGUACAAGGACGCCGGAGCCCUGUUUCCGGCCAAUUUCGACGAAACGGUCACCCGUCGGUGGGGCGUGGAGAUGCAGAUCGCUAGCAGUGUCGUGUCGAUCGCGAUCGUAACACCCGGCGGAACGGUGGACACCGGUGGUGCCGGAACGGAUCGGCACGACACGAACGUCGUGGAAACGAUCGCCCCGCCAAGGCACGGUUCGGAGCGACAGAGCGAGAAGCUAUCAUUGAACGAAAUUAAGAUUUCCAUCCACGAUAUGAGCGAUCGCGAGGAAAGUCUGGACAGUCUUGAUCAGCACGCCCCGGAGCUGCCGGUCGUAAGCGCCAUGCCGGAGGACGACGGAGGUUUCUUCCCCGACGGUAGCGUUCCCGAGACGGUCAUUCUGUCGCGCAGUGACGAACAAAUGUCACCAUCGCCGGCGUCUUCCGAUUCGAUACGGAGGCGACGAAGAAGAACCAUCGUGUCUGCGCCGGAGGGUCGCGACGGAUCGGUGCAGCCGGAGGAGGAGCAACAGCUGGCACAGCACCGCAACUAUGUGCCGCUGGGGCAGCCCCACUUGCCGCAAGCCGUCAAGCUGCAGAUGUGGCUGAACAUCCCACGGAACCGAUUCGCAUCGCGCUCGAAUCCGCAGUGUGUGCGGUGGAACACGCACGCCAAGCUGUGGACCCGUAUCGGCUGCCAGACGGAGAUCCCGAACUACGAGGCGAUCGGCAACAACGACACGAUCACCGUCAACUGCACCUGCAACCAGCUGGCCACGUACGCCGUACUGGUCGACAUCAUCGAUCCGGAGGACAUCCCGGAACCGUCGCUCCUGGUGCAGAUCACGUCCUACUCGGCGUUCCUGCUCGCACUGCCCGUCCUGUUUGCGGUCAUCGUGUCCCUGGCGCUGCUCCGCGGACUGCAGACCAACUCGAACAGCAUCCACCAGAAUCUGCUGUUCUGCAUCUUCACCGCCGAGUUACUGUUCUUCGUGGCGAUCCAAGCACGGCGCGAGUUGCUCGACAAUGAAUUCCCCUGCAAACUGGUCGCCAUAGCGCUACACUACGCGUGGUUGGCAGCGUUCGCGUGGACCACGGUGGACUGCGUACACCUGUACCGGAUGCUGACGGAAAUGCGGGACAUCAACCACGGGCCGAUGGGAUUCUACCACACCAUCGGCUACGGAGCGCCGGCCCUGCUCGUCGGACUUGCCGUCGGUGUUCGCGUGCACGAGUACGGGAACAGCCUUUUCUGCUGGCUGUCGGUGUACGAGUCGGUCAUCUGGUGGAUGGUCGGCCCGAUAGCGGUCGUCUCGGUGUUUGAUCUCUUCAUCCUGUUCCUGUCCGUGCGGGCAGCAUUCACGAUCAAGGAUCACGUGCUCGGCUUUGGUAACCUGCGUACACUCCUGUGGCUCUCGGUCGUCUCGCUGCCCCUGCUCGGCAUCAUGUGGGUGUUGGCCGUACUGUCCGCCUCGGAGAACUCGCAGCUGCUCAAUAUGCUGCUGUCGGCGGUGGUCAUCAUGCACUCGCUGUUUUCCGUCAUCGGCUACUGCAUCAUCAACAAGCGGGUACGGGAAAACUUGCACAACGCCUUUCUGCGAUGCAUCGGGCGCAAGGUGCCGCUGCUCGACUCAUCGAUCGCUAUCAGUAGCAGCUCGCAGAACGUGGGCUCACCGAAAACACCCGGCUUUGCUGGCGCCGCUGCCCAGUACGAGACGGCGCGGCGCAAUAUUGGUAUUAGCACGUCGAGCACCACGUCACGCAGCACAGCCAAAACCAGCUCCAGCCCGUACCGUAGCGAUGGCCAGUUCCGGCACACGUCGACCUCUACCUCGAACUAUAACAGUGACGGGGUGGCCUCGUAUAUGCGGGGCCAUUACGAGGAGAGUGCACUACGGAAGAUUAAGAACGGUGGCCAAGGGCGUUCGGGCGACGGAGGCGAGCGGCGCAGUCAUCGUAGGCAGCGACGUGAUUCGGAUUCCGGCAGUGAAACGGACGGACGCAGCCUGGAGCUAGCGUCGAGCCAUUCGAGCGACGAUGAAGAAUCGCGUGUUGGACGCAACAGUAGCACACACCGCAGCACGGGCGUUUGCAGUACUUCGUACUUGCCGAACAUUACCGAGCACGUGGCCACGACCCCGCCAGAGCUACACGUAGUUCAAAGUCCUCAGCUCUUCCCGAAUGUUACACCGACACGGUGGCCAAAUCAACCAGCCGGAAACUAUAUGCCACCCGGAAAUGGUCGUUGGUCACAGGAGACAGGCUCCGAUAACGAAGCGCACCCUCAUAAGUCACCGACCACGCAAUCCGGUUCACUGCCCAAUCCGGACAUUACAGAAACCUCGUACCUGCACCAGAACCGCAUGAACAUGCCACCGUCGAUUUUGGAGAACAUCCAAGAGAGCUACAACAUCGCCUACUCGGCCACCGAUUUGCACAGCGAACGGUACAGCAACUACGCCCCGGACAACUACGUCCCACCGGCAGCAGACUACGGCAAACGCUACGACCCGCAAUCGCUGGGCCAGAACCCGCACGCAUCUAGCAGCACGCUACCGCACCACUACGCAUCGUCCGGCGGUGGAAAUGGGGCCCCAUUGGCCGACGCACGCCACACCGGUUCGAUGCAGGUGAUCAAUCAUAUGCGCGCCUGUCCGCCCGAGAAUCCGUACGCGCUGAAGGAGUCGCUGUACGAACGAUCGCGCACACUUGGCUACGGAUCGGAAUCGCCGUACCACGGCCAUCCGCUUGCCGCGCCAGUCGGCAGUGAUCUGUACAGUCCACCCGGAUCGCACGUGAUGUCGUUCAAGUCGAGCGUUCAAUCGUUACUGAAGAACGACUAUCAACAGCACCAGCAGCAGCAGCAACAACGGCAACAGAAGCACCACCAACCGUCGGGCGGCGAUUCGGAUCGGAUGUCGGAAGGGUCCGACAAGAAUCCGUACAAUUUCCCGUACACCGCCGAAGAGGACCACCUGGUGCACAGUCACAGCAACGGCGCUCGGAUACACCACGGGAUCAUCGGGGAGGGAUUGGGAAGCCUUGAGAACGGUGCCACACCGCCACCGCCACAGCGCAUGAUGCGCGCAGUGGACGGGCUGUCCCCAGCGCCCUUGCAAUCGAUGGGUGGUCACCUGACCAACGGGGGGUCGUUAGCAGGUGGCAACGACUGGUGUUGGGAUCGGCUGAAAAUGUUAGAGUAAAGUGGACUCCUAGAGACCCGCGCGGCCAACGAUUGUAGAAGCGCUCCAAGAACGACC